UCCCAGUGGACGGAGUUCACUCUGACAAACACCAGCCGAGAAGUGGAGAGGACCUGCAGCAGCAGCUAAAAACAGAAGGGGACAGUUUUCCAAAGAGGCUCGAGCUGAUCGAAGUGUGUAGAUAAAAUAAGACUGAGAAAGGUUUCCAGUGUCAAACUCGACUCCAUGUCCGGGAGAGGAGAGGAAUUAAAGUCAGAGGAAACACAAGAACAAAACACUAGUAUUCUACUGUAAAUGGACACAGUGAAGAUCUCGUAAAGGGACACAUAAUUCAGACCAUCUUGUGUCCUCUCCCUGGAUAUUGGUUCACUCUGCGUAAAGCGCGCGUACAGAGAAGCCACAGAGAUGGAUGUGGCGGCGGAUCAGCCCCGCUGGAUGCACCACCACGCCGUGCUGAACGGACAACACCCAGACUCUCACCACCACCACAGCCUGGGGCACAACUACAUGGAGCCCACGGCGCAGCUGCUGCCUCCGGAUGAGGUGGAUGUUUUCUUUAAUCACCUGGACUCACAGGGAAACCCGUAUUACCACAACCCUGCCAGGGCCAGGGUGUCCUACAGCCAAACGCACGCUCGUCUGACGGGGACUCUCAUCCACAGCCCGGGGAUCUCAUGGCUGGACGGAGGCAAAGCAGCCCUGUCUGCGCACCACCACCACAACGCCUGGGCCGUCAGCCCCUUCAGCAAGCCCAGCCUGCACCACCCGGGCUCCGCGUCCCCCGGCGGCCUCUCCGCGGUCUACCCUUGCAGCAGCAACUCAAACACGGUCUCCGCGUCCUCGUUAACGCCGCCGUCCCACUCCAGCCCGCAUCUGUACACUUUCCCUCCAACGCCGCCAAAGGACGUAUCACCGGACCCCGGGGCCGCGUCUCCCUCCGCCACCAGGAUGGACGAGAAGGAAUCUAUCAAAUACCAAGUGUCGUCGUUAUCGGAGGGGAUGAAGAUGGAGGGCUCCAGUCCGCUGAGGAGCAGCCUGGCCUCCAUGAGCACUCAGACCACCUCCACCCACCACCCCAUACCGACGUAUCCCACCUACUCUCUCCCAGCGGCGCACGAGUACGGCAGCAGUCUGUUUCACCCCGGCAGCCUGCUGGGAGCAUCAUCCGGCUUCACCUCCAGGAACAAAGGCAAAACACGGUCCUGCACCGAGGGCCGUGAGUGUGUAAACUGUGGAGCCACCUCGACGCCCCUGUGGAGACGUGACAGCACCGGACACUACCUGUGCAAUGCCUGCGGGCUGUACCACAAGAUGAACGGCCAGAACAGACCGCUCAUCAAACCCAAACGCAGGCUGUCUGCUGCCAGACGAGCAGGCACCUGUUGUGCUAACUGUCAGACGACCCUCACCACACUCUGGCGGCGCAACGCAAAUGGAGACCCCGUGUGCAAUGCCUGCGGCCUCUACUAUAAACUGCAUAACGUGAACCGGCCUCUGACCAUGAAGAAGGAGGGAAUACAGACACGCAACCGAAAGAUGUCCAACAAAUCAAAAAAGACCAAGCGGGGCUGCGACAGCUAUGAGGAAUUUACCAAAAGCCUGCACGACAAGAGCUCCCCCUUCAGCUCUCUGGCCGGACAUAUGUCCAUGGGCCACCUGCCACCUUUCGGCCACUCUGGACAUAUGCUUCCCACGCCCACCCCGAUACACCCCUCCUUUGGGCACCCGCACCACUCUAACAUGGUGACGGCCAUGGGCUGAGAGGGUGAGGAGAGGGGCUAACGUACAGGAACACUGGGGGAACCUGAGAUGGUUGUGUGAACUGAGGACUCACUAGAGGACAGUGUGUACAAUGUUACAGACAUGCAGUUUGUGUGUCUUCAUCUUGAUUGUCUCUUGAUUGAUUAUGCCAAUGGUAUGUUGGAGAACAGAUGUAUCAUGGGAGGAAACAACCUUUUUACUCCUUAUCUAUAGGUACCUAUUUUGAUUGUGGAAGACAGAGAGCGAUAUUCUGCUUCCUGUCAUCCAGGCACCCACAUGUAAACACAAAAAUGUCAUUGCACCUCAUAGUUUUGUUGCCGCUGACAGCCUGACUGACUGCAGUGUGGCUCAGUAUGUGCCGAACAGGUUUAUAGUAACUGUGAAUAUUGUAAAUGUGUGAGACCGAUGGGGACGUCCCCGGCAAGGGAAAUCACCUUCGCAACUUUAAAUGAAAAUAUGCUGGAAUUUUUUUUUUUUUUUUUUUUUCUUGCUUAUGGACAAUUUUAAAGGAAUUUUCACAAAAGAAAGAAAGCAAACAAAAAAGGUUUAUGAAUCCUAAUUUGACACUGUUUAUUAUAAUUAUUGUUAUUAUAAUUAUUAUUGUUAUUCAGAUAAUUUAUUUUCACUGCCUUUUGUUUUCUUUUACUAUAUCACCUGAAUCGUAAUAUGGAUACUGUUAUCCCACUUAUGAAUAUAUUUUUAGCUGAAGCGCUUUCUUUGAGCUGGUCAACAUUUAUACUUGUAAGAAAUAAAGAGAUCAAGUUCAAUAUCCAAUCUGCUCCUUCUAUUUAAUAUCCAGUAUUCAGUAUUUAAGUCUUUAACAUGACAACAGACACAGACAUUCAUCUGGCUAAUUGUGGCAUCCUGAACUGCUGAACAUAUACAGUUACAAACCUCUCUCUUCAUGAAUGCACACUUAUUAUUAAUACAAUUAAAAGCUACAAUUUCAAUAACACCUAUUUGUUUCUUUGUUCCAUUUCAAAGGCCUUUACACACUGGAAUGUGACGAAUAAACGACUCGUGAAUGCCUAAUGCUCAAAUAUUUUGCACCAAAAAUAUCCACACCGGCAGUAAUGCCAAUUUGCAACAGUGACAACAGGUCUGCCUUUAUCUAGACGUGGUCACGUGACAUCUGCUCUGCACAAUGUGAUUCGCUGAUACUUUUAUUUGGUGCCAAAGCUCAGAAAAAUGGACCUGUUCCAAAAUAAAAUGAUGGCACUUUUUCCUUGCAUAACAUUCGUGUUCUGUGUGGAAAAAAACACCAGUUCGAAAAAAUAUACUGAUAUGAGAAUUAAUCACGUGAAAAAAACGGCCCCGGUGUGCAAGGCCUUAAUAAUGUUUUAGGUUUAUCGUCUGUGCAUCAAAUGAUCGGAUACUUUUACAGAAAUACACUUAUGCGCUUUCUUACAAGAUGAGAGGAUUAAUACCAUUUUCAUUUUUGUACGGGAAAUAUGAAGCUACAGCCAGCAGCCUGUUAGCUUAGCUUAGCAUAAAGACUGGAAACAGAGGGAAACAGCUAGCCUGUCUCUGUGCAAAGGCGACAAAAUCCACCAGCCAUCAUUUAUAACUUUCUUCCACUGAUUUCCUGGAGUCCCGGAAGUUACUGCGCCAAGCCAAGAAAUAAUCAAAUUCAUAAACUGCUGUAAAACCACAGGGCAUCGUGUUAAGUCUUUGAAAAAGACGAGCUUCGGAGGUGCAGAUAGGUGGAUUUAUCUUUGGAAAGCUCCUUGUUAGCUUUGUCCAGUCGUUAUGCUAGGAUAAGCUAACCACCUGCUGGCUGUAGCUUCAUAUUUACUGUACGAAAAUAUGCAUGUCUUGGGAUAGUGAAGGCAUGACUGGCCUUUGAUUGGCCAGUACUUAUUGCUCUGGUUGGUUGGUCAGGUUAAGGCAAGAGGAGUGAGACUGGUGAGGGUUUGAAUAAGAAUGUCAGGGUGAACUAAGCUGAGGCAGAGUAAGGUAGAGGGUAACACCUAAGCCAUCCUAGGAAUAUACGCUUACCGUCGACAUUACGUGAUGACCCCCUAAUCAGCCUUAUGAUUCAGUGCCAUAUAAAAUGCUUUAUUUUCUGUUCUCUCAGCUCACAUGUGACUGUGUAUGUUUGCUAAAGAAAGUGCUCUUUGCUUUGUCUUGUACACAUUGUGCACAUUGCCAUUUUUUUAUAAUCGCCACGGUGUGGGAAUUUAUGACACAUAAGGGUUUUGAUCUGCCCAUGGGAAGAAUGAACAUGUAAAA